AUGUCACCCACCUUGACUCUAACAUCUUUCACAUCCUCCUUCUUGGGGCAGGUUGAUGCAUUGCUCGGCCAAUCGUCAUCCACCUCGAGGAAGACUCUUUUGCUCACAGGCGGAGCUCUAGUGCUGUACCAGUUAUCCAAGGUCUUACAUAACCUUUACCGCCAUUUCUUCUCCUUCAGUGGCCUUCCUGGGCCAAAGAGAUCCCGUUGGAUUGCUGGUAAUGGUUUAGAUUUGAUGAGUGAGAACAAUCAUGAAGUUCAGAAGGGCUGGAUCAAGAACCACGGGCACACGUUCGCAAUACACUACGUCCUUGGAGGGAAGCGUCUUUACACAGCGGACACGCAGGCAUUGAGCCAUAUUCUCCUCAACACCUAUGAUUACCCAAGGUCAGACGAAGCUCGCUUUCUGCUUGAGCGUAUCAUGGGCCAUGGUCUCCUUUUCGUUGAAGGUGAUGAGCACAAACUACAACGCAAGGUCAUGAAUCCGGCUUUCGGUCCUGUUCAGCUGCGAGAACUCACUCCCAUCUUCGUGGAGAAGUCGAAUGUCCUGCGCGAUGUUUGGUUGUCUCAAGUCUCCAAAUCCUCUUCAAACCGAGUCGACGUUCUUGAUGGGCUAAGCAAGAUGACUCUGGACGCCAUCGGUCUUGCGGGUUUCGAUUACAGCUUCGACGCACUGACUCCCUCCGCGGAGCCAAACGAACUUAACGAGGCAUUCACCAGCCUAUUCCGCUCCAAUCAGAACCCUGCCUUGAUGUUCGUCGCACUAUGGCUCCCUAUCAUCAACUGGCUACCAACCGAACGGAACCGUAAGAUAGGGCAGGCAAAAGCGACGAUGGCGCGUAUUGGUAGGGAGCUCCUUGCGAAGGCCAAGGCGACUGCACUCGAAGAGCAGAAGUCUGGAGCAAAGUCGCGAGCGCGUGAUCUCCUGAGUUUGCUUGUCAAGGCGAACAUGGCUGAGGGUUCGAAGCGGAUGUCGGAUGACGAGGUGUUAGCUCAGAUCCCCACUUUCCUCGUUGCUGGGCAUGAAACGACAAGCACGGCCACCUCCUGGGCGCUCAAGUCCCUCGCGGAGUACCCCGCCGUACAGACAAAGCUGCGCGAGGAGCUCGCAUCUCUGGGCACGGACACGCCGACGAUGGACGAGCUCUCGGAGACGUCUCUCCCCUACCUCGAUGCUGUCGUCCGCGAGAGUCUGCGGUUGCACUCGCCCGUGCCGUUCGCCGCGCGCAAGGCCAUACGGGACGACGUCAUCCCGCUCGGCACACCGUACACGGACACGCGCGGACGGGUGCACCACGAGUUGCGUGUUAAGGCCGAGGACACCAUAUUCGUGCCCAUUUUUGCGAUGAACACGGCAGAGGAGAUUUGGGGAUCGGACGCGACGGUGUUCAACCCCGAGCGGUGGCUGCAGGGUGGCGCACCGGAGAAGGCACAUGGACUUCCCGGGGUGUGGGGGCAUCAGAUGACGUUCGCGGGCGGACAACAUGCGUGCAUCGGGUACAAGUUCUCGUUGUUGGAAAUGAAGGCGCUGUUGUUCUCGCUCGUGAAGGCGUUCGAGUUUGGGCUAGCCGUUCCGGCGUCAGACAUUGCUGUGCGCCCAUCGAUUGUAAGGCGGCCUGUUGUGAAGUCGGAGAGAGAGGCUGGGGCGCAAAUGCCUCUGCUGGUUACACCUGUUCAGGCGUAGGACCUUUAAGUCUCUUGGCACAAAGAGGUUGAGCGUGUAUUUGAUAUCACAAACGUUACUGAUGAGCUGUACGUUAUAUAACCCUUUGCUUUAUUUCAACCUUCC